UAAGUUAAGUCCAUCAUCAGUCACAACACAAAGAAUAACAGAAUCUUAAAUUGAAAAUUUCCCAAUCCAACAACGUCAAAAACAAAAACAUGGGUAGUGCUAUUGAAAUCCCAACAAAGGUUCUUGUCAACACAAAAGAACAAGUGAAGAUGCCAGUUAUAGGAAUGGGAUCAGCACCUGAUUUCACAUGUAAGAAAGACACAAAAGAAGCAAUCAUAGAAGCAAUCAAACAAGGUUAUAGACACUUUGAUACUGCUGCUGCAUAUGGCUCUGAACAAGCUCUUGGAGAAGCUUUGAAACAAGCAUGUCAACUUGGUCUUGUCACUAGAGAAGACCUUUUUGUUACUUCUAAACUUUGGAUCACUCAAAAUCAUCCUCAUCUUGUUGUUCCUGCUCUUCAAAAAUCUCUCAAGACUCUUCAAUUGGAAUACUUGGAUUUGUAUUUGAUUCAUUGGCCACUAAGUUCUCAGCCUGGAAAGUUUUCAUUUCCAAUAGAUGUGGCAGAUCUCUUACCAUUUGAUGUGAAAGGUGUGUGGGAAUCAAUGGAAGAAUGUUUGAAACUUGGACUCACCAAAGCUAUUGGAGUUAGUAACUUCUCUGUCAAGAAACUUCAAAAUCUCCUCUCUGUUGCCACUGUUCUUCCCGCCGUCAAUCAAGUGGAGAUGAAUCUUGCAUGGCAACAAAAGAAGCUUAGAGAGUAUUGCAAUGAAAAUGGAAUAGUGUUAACUGCAUAUUCACCAUUGAGGAAAGGUGCAAGCAGAGGAGCAAAUGAGGUUAUGGAAAAUGAUAUGCUUAAAGAGAUUGCUGAUGCUCAUGGAAAAUCUAUUGCACAAAUCUCUCUUAGAUGGUUAUAUGAACAAGGAAUCACUUUUGUUCCUAAGAGCUAUGAUAAGAACAGAAUGAACCAAAACCUUCAAAUCUUUGAUUGGUCUUUGACAAAGGAGGAUCACCAAAAAAUUGAUCAAAUUAAGCAGAACCGUUUGAUCCCUGGACCAACCAAGCCAAGCCUCAAUGACCUAUGGGAUGAUGAGAUAUAAAACAAAAUAUGUCUUGACUUAAAAGUCCUUUAAAUUUACCUCGUAAUGUAGCUUUGAAUUACCUAUGUUGCUGUGUCUCAAUUAAAUAAUCAAUUUCGUAUUUCAUUUUGUCCAAGUUAUUUACAUUAAUAAUUUCUUUUAAAAAAGCUUAAAUUUGUAUUGACUUCA